AUGGAUACAACCCCAUUAACCACCCUCGCAGGCCAAAUCUCCUCCUCCGCCUCCCUGAUAUCACAAUUCCUGCAAUCCAACAACCACCCCCAGCCCUCCUUCGCCCCAGAUGCACCACCCUCCUUCCCACCCGCCCGAACACCCAUCACCAACGCCCGACAAGCCCUCAUCGAAGCCGCCCAAACACUCAUCGACCUCACGACCGGCCCCGCCGAACACCUCCGCUGGCUCGCCUGCCGCUCCCACGACAUGUCCAGCCUCCGCUGGAUCUCCCACUACAAUAUCGCAGCCUCCGUCCCCCUCGACAAGCCCGUGCCCUUCGCGACUGUCGCGCACACCGCAAACGUCCCUGAGGAUAUCCUCAAGCGAAUGACCCGCCACGCAAUGACGAACCGACUCUUCAGCGAGCCGGAACCGGGCUUGCUCGCGCAUACCGCGGCCUCUGCGUUACUGGUGCGCAGCCAGGCACUCAAGGACUGGGUCGGGUACACGACGGAGGAAACAUACCCGGCCUCGACGAGGGUGGUUGAAGCGCAGGAGAGGUUUGGGGCUAGUGAUGACCCGACGCAGACGGGGUACAGUGUUGCCUUUGGGACGGGGGAGCCGAUGUUUGUGCAUAUGGCGCGGGAUCCGGAGCGGGUGAGGAGGUUUGCGAAUACCAUGGUCGAGAUGACUUCGACGGAGGGGUAUGGGAUUGCGCAUCUUGUUGGGGGGUAUCGGUGGGGUGGGAUUGGGGGGGCGAGGGUUGUUGAUGUGGGUGGUUCAACGGGCCAUGCGUGUAUUGCUAUAGCAGAGAAAGCGCCGGAUGCAACGUUUAUUGUCCAGGAUCUCGCUGGGGUCGUUGAUCAGGGGAAGAAAACUUUGCCUGAGAACCUCAAGCCGCGGAUUACAUUCGAAGAACAUGACUUCUUCACGACGCAGCCUCAGUCUGCGGAUAUAUACCUCCUGCGGUUCAUCCUGCACGACCAUCCGGACGCAGCCGCGGUUAAUAUCGUCAGAAGUCUCGUCCCGGUAAUGCGAAACGGUUCCAGGCUGUUAAUCAACGAUGGAGUCCUUCCGGAGCCGAAUACCUUGCCAAAAGGGGAGGAGAGGGUUGCACGGAUCAUGGACUUGGAAAUGUUGACUACUUUCAACGCGCGCGAGCGUCCAUUGGCAGACUGGGUCAGGCUCUGUGCAGAAGCAGAUAGUAGACUCCAGCUACACUCGGUGUCAAAGCCAGAAGGCAGUGUCUUGUCGAUUCUGGAAUUCGUUUACGAGGGCGGCAAUCAGCAUGAAGGUUGA